AUGGAGCGCAAUGCGUACCAAGACCAGCCACUAUCUGAGGAGCGGCUCUGCGCCCAGUGUCGCCAGCUGGAUCUGUCAUCGGCCGGCCGAGACCUCUCAGUCGAACGCAGGGUCCUCGCCGAACGAGCCGGGUCCAUGGGGCGUUACACCCCGAUGACGGAUGUCGGUGUGCGUGUCGCUUGCCUGGGCAGACGGCAGUAUGCCGAUGGAAGUACGGAAUGUCCUGUGUGCUGUCUUCUAUAUCGCGAAUAUCAGAAUCGGGAUUUUAUACAUCCAAACAAGUCUUUGCAGGAGGAUCGAGACCAGUUCUUCUACGCUUUUUCAGCACAAUAUUGUUUUCAAGAGACGGGCAUGGGACUAGAGCACAAUUUCCUUGUUGUUUACCCAGAUUUGGACGAUGAUGAGGAAUUUGGUAUAGAGCCUGUCAUUGUCAGGGGCCGACAAGUCCACGGGAUAAACCAUAAAUUGCACCCCGACUUCACACGAGGCAACAAUCCCUACCUAGUUUGCCGGACAGCACCAGUACAUUUUCCUUCUGGUCUCCAACCGCGACCCAUAUCAGCGUUUCUCGAUAUUUCUAUUCUCAAGCACUGGCUAGGACAUUGUCAGGCAUCUCAUGACCAGUGCCAGGACCACCAAACAAGGGGUGACUAUCCGCCUGGCAUGAGACUCAUUGACUGCCAGAAGAGAAUAGUCAUAGAAGCUGGACAGAUUGAUCGAGCCGUGUCACCGUCAUACGUGGCGUUGAGUUAUGUCUGGGGCGGCGCACACCACCCGCCAAUUCAACAAGACGCACACCUUCCUGCCGCCCUCCCUCAGGUCAUCGAAGACGCCAUUGCUAUCACAUUGGCUACUGGAUAUCGCUACCUCUGGGUCGACCAAUACUGCAUCGAUCAGGAUGACAGCCCCCACAAGAUCCACCAGAUCAAGAUUAUGGACCGCAUCUACAGCGAUGCAGCCUGGACGAUCGUCGACGGCGCGGGCGAGGAUGCCAACCAUGGUCUUGUUGGGGUCAGCCGCCCUCGGGCGGAGGAUCUGGGGGCGGUUGGUAUGCGAAAUGGCAUCGAGGUGUUUCCCUGGCCCUCCUAUUCAGCAGAAAUAUUGAAGGGGUCAAAAUGGGCCGCUCGCGCCUGGACGUAUCAAGAAGCGUUUUUCUCCCGGCGGAUUGCCAUGUUCACGGCUACGGGGCUGUACUUUGAGUGCCAGAAAGCAUACGAGAACGAGGGGCUGGUUCGACAAGAGAACAUAGCUCUGCCAGAAAGGUAUUCUAUAGCUUCGGUGAAUGAUCACCGACCCAAUUUUCGUCCUGUGUCUCCAAAGUACGACUACGGCCCCUUGGCACGGUCAUCACGCCUGUGGGAAAGUAUACAUCGGAGCCCUGGAGGCGAAAAUGCCACCGUACUGCACGACUUUUGGCCGAGGGUGGAGGAAUACACCUGUCGACAAAUGACUUUCCAAAAAGACUCCCUCGCUGCUUUUCGCGGCAUCAUGCAAUUCUACACACGCCGUGCCACAAGGGCCGACGAGAGUUUGGUACUUGCGAUCGUACGUGGAAUACCCUUUUCGAUCCCGUCACCCGCCUCACAGCUACCAGUAUCCUCGGAUUUGUCACUGGGUCUAUGCUGGAGUCACGCACACGGCAGCAAGAGUCGCAGAAACCACACAUUCCCAUCUUGGUCCUGGGCAGGAUGGGUCGGCCAGGCCCACGGCGAAAGCAACGAGCGUGUUGAGUCCUUUUUAUGGGGAAUAUCUUUCGAGAGCAUUGACAGCGCCGGGACGCCAAUCUGCAAAGCGUGGUAUGACAUGGAACGGCACGAAUCUGACAUCCUGCUUCUCGAAGCUAACGUGCUGCCCACCGAUGCACUCUCAUUGACGGAGAGCGGUCAAUGGGACGCAUUUGGACUUGGCACGCACUCCAGGUUCGAUAUGGACGAAGAUAUCCAACCCGAAGUUAUUCUGAAGGGGCUGCGUGAACGAACCUACGUUCUUGUUCCCAUUGUGCGUCUCUACACCGGCAUGGGAGGCAAUCAUUCGAACUCUUCGGCCAAGAUGCUCCUCCUUAGGCGAACCUUGGACUCAUUCGAACGAGUUGGCCUUUUCAUAUUCGGGAGCAGCUCGGUUUCCUUCAAAAUGAUCAAUCUUCUCAACGAGGGCAGGACCUCGUGGGACAAGGCCAUAUUCAGGAUCACCUAG